AUGGCAGACAUUGAGUAUUUGAAGGAGCUAGAACACCCCCAAAACAUGAAAAUUAUCAUUUCCAAAUUGCCUUACAAGAUGCGGGACAGAUGGCGUAGUCUUGUGUUCACUAUUCAGGUGAAAAAGGACAAAAAAUUUUAUGACAAAGACAGUAUUGCAUUCAAGGUUAAUGCUAAAGACACUAAAACAGAUGUGAAGGUUGCUUGUAAUAACUGUGUGACAUAUGGUUGUGGUAGUGGAACAAGUGACUCUUUGCCUAUUGUGCCUGUCAGGGUGAUUUUGGAGAAUAGUGAUAGGUGUUAUGAAACCUAUGCAUUCCUUGAUUAUGGAAGCUCUGCUUCAUUUUGUACAGAAAGCCUGAUGAGAGAUUUAGGUAUAGAGGGUAGGAAAACUCAGAUUAUGUUGCAAACUAUGAGUCAGAAAAAGUCAGUUCAGUGCUACACAGUGACAGGGUUGGUAGUGACAGAUUUGAAGGGUGACAACUGUGUGAAGUUACCUAAACUAUAUACUCAGAAGGAGAUUCCAGUCACCAGAAAUGAUGCAUUUGAUUGGAAAGCUUUGAGUAAGUGGUCUUACUUAGAGGAAGUUACAUUGCCACAGAUUGAUGCUGAAGUACAGUUGUUGAUAGGAAGUAAUGUUCCCAUUGCUCUAGAACCAUGGCAGAUCAUAAACUCUCAGCAAGGUGGACCUUAUGCAGUACGGACUCUGUUGGGGUGGAUUGUCAGUGGUGAAUGUGGCAACAUUGAUGGGUGUCUGACAAGAGUAUCAGUGAACAGAAUUGGUGUGAUGGAAAAUUUAGAGAAACAGUUAGUCAGCCAGUACAACCAUGAUUUCAGUGAAAGACUUGUAGAUGACAAGCCUGAGAUGUCUAAGAAUGACAAACUCUUUAUGGACAUUAUGAACUCUGCUGAGCUUGUUGAUGGACAUUAUGAAAUCCCUUUGCCAUUUAAGUCAUCAUCUGAAACCUUACCCAGCAACAGAACACAUGCAGAAUACAGGGCAGAGCAGUUAAAGAAGAAGUUUCUCUUGAAAAAACUGAAGAAAGAUGUGGAAUGCAUAAAGUCUGGACAAUACGAUGAUCGGCUGACGGAGAUGUGGGAACAGAUGCAGGCAGAGAAGGCUGCUGAGGAGGCUGCAAGGGAGGCAGAGAAGAAAGCAAUGGAGGAUGCCAGGGCUCAGGCUCAAGCCCAGCAGUGCAAACGCGUGUUGGGUCCCAAACGUCCGUCUGUCACUUCACAGAGCAGUCUGUCAGAACAGGAAGACACGCAGGAAUCUUACCCAGAAUUCCCCUUGCUUGAGGUUCCGAAGAUUGGUGAUGAUGACACACCACUGCAUCUGUCCACAACACCAUUAGGGGUGUCGGCACAACAGCCUGAACCUCGCACCAAGGCUGUUCCACCUACGUCCCCACUUCUGUCAUCUCUACUGCAGAGUAAACUGAAGUCUGCCAACAGCUUGCAACAGCUGAAAAACGAAGCCGAGCAGGCCGAGGCUCUCACCCAGGCCCAGCAGGUACAGCAGCUGGCUCUACAACUGCAGCAGUCAGCAGAAUCAGCUGUGAGCCAGGCUAGGGAGGCAGCUGUCAAUCAAGCCAGAGAACAACAGCAGCUUCAACAGCAACAGCAACUGCAGCAGCAGCAAAUGAAAAUCGCAGCCAGUGCUGUGCAGAGUGUACCCCUCACAGAGUCCCUUCCAACGUCCCCAUCAUGUGCUGCCCCACUCUGUCGGCUGUUGUUCACAAGGGCACAGCCGAAGCCAGUCUCUGAGACCACCUCGUCCUCCAUCACCACUGUCACCAGCACACCUGUCGUCACCGUGACCGAAGUACCUUCCCCUCUCGAUAUCCUGGAAGCUGGCGAACCCAAGUCCACAGAUCCACUAGAUCAAGACUCAGCUGAUGAGAGUGUCAAUGUGGAUGUGACGGCAGUCGAGGUCAGUUCCAAUGAUGGCGAUCCACAAGAAGGGUCAGCUGACCAGUCAUGUGACCCAUCUUGCGAUGGUGGGGAUGGCAAGGAUGAUGUUGCAGAGGAUGAAGGGACAGCUGAUGAGUUGACACAGGCAGAACUGACUCCGCUAACCCGACCGGAACAUAAGGGCGGUGGGAAGCAGGUGACUGCUAGUCAGCUGCAGGAAGACGAUGACUCCAGCGAGGUUGCAGGCAGCAGUUUUGUGUGUGUGGAUGAGGAAGUAUCCAUCAAGGAAGACCCAGCAUCACCAGCCAGCUCCGUGUCCUCCAAGGUCAGCGAGAGCGGUGGCAAGUCCUUCAAGCCGCGCCGGAGGAAAGGACGCGGAGGUCGAGGGGGUCAACGAGGGAGGCCUUCACGCCGAUCUGUGCAGGAUGAUGACAAGAAGGACGAUGCCAGCUCAAAACACAGUGAUGUUGAUCUGUCUGAUGAAGAGAUGCGAGAGAGUGAUGAUCCUGCACCUACCUGUGGCUCCAUCUUCUCAGAAUCCAUUCCAAACAGUCCUGCCUCCUUGUCCAUGUGUAGUGACACAGAGGAUGAGAAGGCCUUCAAGACGUGGAAGAAAUCAAUCAUGCUGGUGUGGCGAUCAGCGGCCAACCACAAAUAUGCCAAUGUGUUUCUGCACCCUGUCACCAAUGAAAUAGCUCCUGGCUACAAGGGAAUUGUGCACAGACCAAUGGACCUUGGUACUAUCAAGAAGAAUAUUGAAACAGGAGUGUUACGGACAACGCCAGAGUUCCAGCGAGAUAUGAUGUUGAUGUUUACGAACGCUAUCAUGUACAACAGCACCGAUCAGCCUGUUUUCAAGAUGGCCACCGAGAUGUACAAUGAUGUCAUGCAACACAUUGAGCAAUAUGUCAGCACCCAGUUGAUGGUUCAAAGCAAUGAGACGAAGAUGUUACGGCAGUCCAGACGUGGAGAGCUCCAGGAGAAGGAAGAGGAGGGAAAGAAAAGAAGAACUUCCUCAGAGCAGCCACCAGAAGGUGGCAAGACCAAGAAGCGCAAAACUCGGGCUGACGACACCUGAGCUUAUUGGCAGACAUUUUUGCAUGUCUGUUGUAUAAAAUAUUUCUGGU